GCCUGUUCGCGCCCGCCGGGCCUGCGUCGCCGCCGCCUGUGCCGCCCCCUGCGCCAGAGCCAUGGCGGGCGCCGCGUCCCCCUGCGCCAAUGGCUGCGGGCCCGGCGCGCCCUCGGACGCUGAGGUGCUGAACCUCUGCCGCAACCUCGAGGUGGGCACCGUCAUGACUUUGUUCUACUCCAAGAAGUCGCAGCGGCCCGAGCGGAAGACCUUCCAGGUCAAGCUGGAGACGCGGCAGAUCAUAUGGAGCCGUGGCGCCGACAAGUUCGAGGGGGCCAUCGAUAUUCGUGAAAUCAAGGAGAUCCGCCCAGGGAAGACCUCACGGGACUUUGACCGCUACCAAGAGGAUCCUGCUUUUCGACCAGACCAGUCACACUGCUUUGUCAUCCUGUAUGGAAUGGAAUUCCGCCUGAAGACUUUGAGCUUGCAAGCCACGUCUGAGGACGAAGUGAACAUGUGGAUCAAGGGCUUGACUUGGCUGAUGGAGGAUACAUUGCAGGCGGCCACACCCCUGCAGAUUGAGAGGUGGCUGCGGAAGCAGUUCUACUCAGUGGACCGGAAUCAUGAGGAUCGUAUAUCAGCCAAGGACCUGAAGAACAUGCUGUCCCAGGUCAACUACCGGGUCCCCAACAUGCGCUUCCUCCGAGAGCGACUGACGGACCUGGAGCAGCGCACCAGCGACAUCACCUAUGGGCAGUUUGCUCAGCUGUACCGCAGCCUCAUGUACAGCGCCCAGAAGACGAUGGACCUCCCCUUCCUGGAAGCCAGUGCCCUGAGGGCGGGGGAGCGGCCGGAGCUCUGCCGGGUGUCCCUUCCUGAGUUCCAGCAAUUCCUCCUCGAGUACCAGGGGGAGCUGUGGGCUGUUGACCGGCUCCAAGUGCAGGAGUUCAUGCUCAGCUUCCUCCGAGACCCCUUGCGAGAGAUCGAGGAGCCUUACUUCUUCCUGGAAGAGUUUGUCACCUUCCUGUUCUCCAAGGAGAACAGUGUGUGGAACUCGCAGCUGGACGCCGUGUGCCCAGACACCAUGAACAAUCCUCUCUCCCACUACUGGAUCUCCUCCUCACACAACACGUACCUGACUGGUGACCAGUUCUCCAGCGAGUCCUCCCUGGAAGCCUACGCUCGCUGCCUGCGGAUGGGCUGUCGCUGCAUUGAGUUGGACUGCUGGGAUGGCCCAGACGGGAUGCCAGUCAUUUACCAUGGACACACCUUGACCACCAAGAUCAAGUUCUCAGACGUCCUGCACACCAUCAAGGAGCACGCCUUUGUGGCCUCAGAGUACCCAGUCAUCCUGUCCAUCGAGGACCACUGCAGCAUCGCCCAGCAGAGGAACAUGGCCCAGCACUUCAGGAAGGUGCUCGGGGACACACUCCUCACCAAGCCCGUGGACAUCGCCGCCGACGGGCUCCCCUCACCCAACCAGCUCAAGAGGAAGAUCCUCAUCAAGCACAAGAAGCUGGCUGAGGGCAGUGCCUAUGAGGAGGUGCCUACGUCCGUGAUGUACUCUGAGAACGACAUCAGCAACUCCAUCAAGAACGGCAUUCUCUACCUGGAGGACCCCGUGAACCACGAGUGGUAUCCCCACUACUUUGUUCUGACCAGCAGCAAAAUCUACUACUCUGAGGAGACCAGCAGUGACCAGGGCAAUGAGGACGAAGAGGAGCCCAAGGAGGCCAGCGGCGGCACAGAGCUGCACUCCAACGAGAAGUGGUUCCAUGGGAAGCUCGGGGCGGGGCGGGACGGGCGACACAUCGCCGAGCGCCUGCUUACAGAGUACUGCAUCGAGACCGGGGCACCCGACGGCUCCUUCCUCGUGCGCGAGAGCGAGACCUUCGUGGGCGACUACACCCUCUCCUUCUGGCGGAACGGGAAAGUCCAGCACUGCCGGAUCCACUCUCGGCAGGACGCUGGGACCCCCAAGUUCUUCCUGACAGACAACCUCGUCUUCGACUCACUCUAUGACCUCAUCACGCACUACCAGCAGGUUCCCCUGCGCUGCAACGAAUUUGAGAUGCGCCUCUCAGAGCCCGUCCCACAGACCAACGCCCACGAGAGCAAAGAGUGGUACCACGCCAGCCUGACCAGAGCACAGGCCGAGCACAUGCUGAUGCGCGUACCCCGGGAUGGGGCCUUCCUGGUGCGGAAACGGAAUGAGCCCAACUCCUACGCCAUCUCCUUCCGGGCUGAGGGGAAGAUCAAGCACUGCCGAGUCCAGCAGGAGGGCCAGACUGUGAUGCUGGGCAACUCAGAGUUUGACAGCCUCGUUGACCUCGUCAGCUACUAUGAGAGGCACCCCCUGUACCGCAAGAUGAAGCUGCGCUAUCCCAUCAAUGAGGAGGCGCUGGAGAAGAUCGGCACGGCUGAGCCUGACUAUGGAGCGCUGUACGAGGGGCGCAACCCUGGCUUCUACGUGGAGGCAAACCCCAUGCCAACUUUCAAGUGUGCCGUCAAAGCUCUCUUUGACUAUAAGGCCCAGAGAGAAGAUGAGCUGACUUUUACCAAGAGUGCCAUCAUCCAGAACGUGGAGAAGCAAGAGGGAGGCUGGUGGCGGGGGGACUAUGGUGGGAAGAAGCAGCUGUGGUUCCCUUCAAACUACGUGGAAGAGAUGGUCAGCCCAGCAGCCCUGGAGCCUGAGAGGGAGCACUUGGACGAGAACAGCCCCCUGGGGGACUUGCUGCGGGGGGUCUUGGAUGUGCCAGCUUGUCAGAUAGGCACCGUGGAUGCUGCUGCUGGCCAGCUGACAUCCACAGUCCUGAUGGGUUGGUCCCUGCGUGUGACAGCGACGUGGAGACAGGAGGGGAGGGGCACAUGGCCCCAAGUAGCAGUGACUUGUCACUGGGCUGCAGCAUCCUCAGCUGUAAAACAGGCCUGGCAGAGCAGUGGCACCUCAUCUCGGGGCACGGGGUGGGGGGACGGGGACACAUUUGUCCCCCAGCUUUGCUCUCCUCUCCCUCUAGCCAUCCGUCCCGAGGGCAAGAACAACCGGCUGUUCGUCUUCUCCAUCAGCAUGGCAUCAGUGGCACACUGGUCCCUGGAUGUGGCUGCUGACUCACAGGAGGAGCUGCAGGACUGGGUGAAAAAGAUCCGAGAAGUAGCCCAGACUGCGGAUGCCAGGCUCACAGAGGGGAAGAUGAUGGAGCGGAGGAAGAAGAUCGCCCUGGAGCUCUCGGAGCUUGUUGUCUACUGCCGGCCUGUUCCCUUCGACGAAGACAAGAUCGGCACAGAACGCGCUUGCUACCGGGACAUGUCAUCCUUCCCGGAAACCAAGGCUGAGAAAUACGUGAACAAGGCCAAAGGCAAGAAGUUCCUCCAGUACAACCGGCUGCAGCUGUCCCGCAUCUACCCCAAGGGCCAGCGGCUGGACUCCUCCAACUAUGACCCUUUGCCCAUGUGGAUCUGUGGCAGUCAGCUGGUGGCCCUCAACUUCCAGACCCCAGACAAGCCCAUGCAGAUGAACCAGGCCCUCUUCAUGGCCGGCGGGCACUGUGGCUACGUGCUGCAGCCCAGCACCAUGCGGGACGAGGCCUUCGACCCCUUCGACAAGAGCAGCCUCCGGGGGCUGGAGCCGUGUGCUAUCUCCAUCGAGGUGCUGGGGGCCCGACAUCUGCCGAAGAACGGCCGGGGCAUCGUGUGUCCUUUUGUGGAGAUUGAGGUGGCUGGAGCAGAAUAUGACAGCACCAAGCAGAAGACAGAGUUUGUGGUGGACAACGGACUGAACCCUGUGUGGCCAGCCAAGCCCUUCCACUUCCAGAUCAGUAACCCCGAAUUCGCCUUCCUGCGUUUCGUGGUGUAUGAGGAAGACAUGUUUAGUGACCAGAACUUCCUGGCUCAGGCCACCUUCUUGGUGAAGGGCCUGAAGACGGGAUAUAGAGCGGUGCCUUUGAAGAACAACUACAGUGAGGACCUGGAGCUGGCCUCCCUGCUCGUCAAGAUAGAUGUUUUCCCUGCCAAGCAGGAGAACGGCGACCUGAGUCCAUUCGGCGGGGCAUCCCUGCGGGAGCGAGGCUGCGACGCCUCGGGCCAGCUAUUUCAUGGGCGGGCCCGGGAAGGCUCCUUUGAAGCCCGCUACCAGCAGCCAUUUGAGGACUUCCGCAUCUCCCAGGAGCAUCUCUCGGACCAUUUUGACAGUCGGGAACGAAGGGCCCCACGAAGGACUCGGGUCAAUGGAGACAACCGCCUCUAGCUAUGCCCCAGCCUCGUGGAGAGCAGCGGGUGCUGUGCACCUCAUGGAGUGCCGUGAACUGGGUUCUUGGGAAGCAGCCUACCAUGGUACUGGCCUUGCCGCCUGGAGCCUGGGUUCCAGCAGUGAACACUAGACGGAAACCAAGCCAUUAAUGAGAUGUAUUACUGUUUUGGGCCUCCACGCCCCAGCUCCGGGUGAAGGCAAAAACUGUACUGUCUCACAUUUAAGCACAUGCCUCUGGCCCUGACUUCUGGAUGUGCAGCUUCCAUCUUACGGGGUCAAGACCAUGGCCACAGCUCCUUGGAGAGACAGGCUGCCUCAGCCAGUGGCACAGGAGGCCCUGAGGAACCGCUGACAUUCCUGAGAGGAGAGGAGGAGCAGCAGCCUUGCUGGGCUACCGAGAAAGAGUUUACAUUGUCCUGUAGCUUUAAAACCACAGCCAGGCAGGGAGGGCACAUGUCCCCUCAGUUUGGCCCUGGAGCCAGAGCAGAGGCGCACAGGGCCUGCCUGGAGAGGAGGAUGCAGCACAAGGGCACACUGCCCAUUGCCAGAAGCACUGCCCAGCCUGACAGAUAUAGGGGCUCAUGUUAAAAAUAGUAGCAUUGGGCAGCCCGGGCUGUGGAGGGAUGCCCCAAGAGGGGUCAGCGAAGGAGGCCGAGCUCCAGGGUGCCACCUGGAGCAGGGACAGCGACAGCAUGUCCCAGAGCCACAGCAGUGCUUCAGGGCCGUAGGAGGACGAGGGCCCUGGAGCUGGACACGCCAGGCCACUACACCACCUGCCUGCAGCCUGGACGCAAGCCUGAAGGACCAUCACCAGGGUGGAUGAGUUUGUGGGCAUUGGACAUGCUGUGCCACGAUCCCUCCCAUGUUGUCGGCAAGGGCGUGCCUGCAUUGACACCAUGGCCCCUGAGACCCACAGCAAGAUGACAGCUUGAGACCUUGGUCAGAAUGAUCGGUGCCAGCCUGGCCAGAAUGGAGGAGCCAGUCAUCAAGGCAGAGGUCAAGCUGAGGACUGUCCCUCGUACGUUCAGGAAACUCCUGCGCACAAUUAACAUCCCUCCUUCAAGAAGGCACCCUCUGCAGCCCCAGCAGACUGGCUACGAACCCCCCUUUCGGACUGAAGACCACUCCCCUCGGAUCUGAGUCUGCCAGCCGACGCUGCAAGAGGAUGCUGAGAUGAUCUCAAGUUCCGUGAAGUCAGUCAAAAAUCCUGUUGACAGACAUACAUGAUGUUGGAGUAUGGAGUUUUAAAGUUUAUUUUUUGCACACUCUUUCUCACUAUCUUCAUUAUUUCACGUAGGCUGUAUGAUUUUCUAUGUCUUCCACUUCUGACCUGAAAGCUGCUUGGUGGGGGGAUCGGGGAAGCAAAAUGAAUGAAGUCAUCUGUGCACUGGGGCAGAACUAUUCUUUUUAUGGACUUUACAGUUCAACUAACAGUGUUACCUUUUCCAGAUUUACACGUAAUCGUCGGAAGAACCACUGAGCCGUUCAAGCCUUGUUGUUAUUCAAUCCUAACAGUGAUUCAGUUUUCUAUAGCUUACCUUUAGGGUAGCUGGUAAAUUAUUUUAACGUUAUAUUAAACUUUCCAUAUCAUGGAUUGUAAACCGAAGAAAAUUACAGAGUUUCUGAGAAAACGUAUGGGUCUAUUUAAACCAAUUCUGAAGUCGUAUUUGAAAGUAUGACCUUGCCGUCAACUGUCCAUAGCAAACAUGUCUAUAUAUGGUUGCCAACGUUUGCUUUAUAAUUUAAAUGUUAAUAAAAAUUUUAAAUUUUAUUGGAAAA